GGGGAGUUAACGCACAUACACAGACAGGGAUAGCAAAAUCAAAAUCCUAGGGUUUCCACUUCCCUGUAGAUCAACGCCAUGCCGAAGAACAAGGGAAAGGGAGGAAAGAAUCGCAAGAGGGGUAAGAAUGAAGCCGAUGAUGAGAAGCGAGAGUUGGUGUUCAAGGAAGAUGGUCAAGAGUACGCCCAGGUACUCCGUAUGCUCGGAAACGGCCGUUGCGAGGCCAUGUGCAUCGACGGCACCAAGCGUCUCUGUCACAUCCGUGGUAAGAUGCACAAAAAGGUCUGGAUCGCCGCCGGUGACAUCAUCCUAGUCGGUCUACGUGAUUACCAGGAUGACAAAGCUGACGUCAUCCUCAAGUACAUGCCUGACGAGGCCAGGCUUUUGAAGGCUUACGGUGAGUUGCCGGAGAAUAUUAGGCUUAAUGAAGGUAUCGCUGGUGGACUUGAUGAGGAGGAUGAUAACGCCGGUGAUGAUUACAUUGAGUUUGAAGACGAAGACAUCGACAAAAUCUAGGCGUCUGGAACAACGAAAUCUUUGGUUUGGAUUGGGCUAUCACAACAGACAUUGUGCGAGUUUGAAGAAAAAGGUAAAGAUUAGCGUUUAUACAAAAUGAGGUCAUUUAAUAUGAUUUGCUUUAUGAUUAUGAAGUAUAAAGAUCUUUAUGUGUAAGCUUAUGGUUUAUGUUCUUGGUUGUAUUGCUUAUUAAAUUCAAUAAUCGAUGAUCUGCUUUCAGACCAAUCUUUGUGUGGAUGAUUUUUCUUCAAAAUUAAAUACAAUUUGCAAUAUUCUGUUA